AUCGCUUGCAUCUCUGCGUAUUCCCCAAUUGUCAACGAACACGAUCUGGCCUGAUUGGCAUCCAUGCCUCCAACAACGCAAUUCCCUAGUCGGCCCAUUCACACGCUCAAAACCCAUAAUGGGCCUGUGAACGCUGUUACCUUCUCCAGCUAUCCCGGCACGUACCUUCUGACAGGUUCUUCCGAUCGCACCAUCCACCUGUCGCGCGCUGUUCCGAAUUCUAGUUCCAGUAGCCUGUCAGGCACGCAGACGACGUCUCCAAUCCAAAAGUAUGAAGCACAUGGGUACUCUGUGUUAGAUGUCGCUGUUGCCGCGGACAAUUCACGGUUUACUAGCGUUGGUGGGGAUCGGUUGGUCUUCCUGUGGGAUGUUGAGCAGGGAGGUACGAUACGGAGAUGGAGUGGGCAUAGUGGACGGGUGGAAGCGGUUCAAUUUGCUGGUGAAGGAGAUGCAGUAGUUGUUUCUGGUAGCGCAGAUACUACGGUUAAUCUGUGGGAUACGCGGUCUAAUUCUCACAAGCCCAUCCAGACGCUUACUGAAGCGAGUGAUACUGUUUCCUCUCUGCAUGUUCACAUGCCUACGUAUUCCAUUGCGAGUGGGAGUUAUGAUGGUCGUGUGCGUGUUUACGACAUCCGCAUAGGCCGGGCGACGGUGGAUGUUCUGGCGCAUCCGGUGACGAGUGUGCGCUGUUCUGCGGAUGGGAAUGCCCUGCUCGCUUCUACUUUGGAUGGGAGGAUUCGAAUGCUGGACCGGACGGAUGGGAAAUUGCUCAAGUCGUUUGGGGGGGCGGAUAGCGGCGGCGAAGGACGAGGCCGUGGUGCGGCGGCAGCGGCUGCAAAGUACCGGAAUACCGAAUUAAGGAUCCGGUCUGUUUUUGCGAAGGGGGACGCCGUCGUUCUGAGUGGGAGUGAGUCUGAGAAGGGCGAGCAGGCGCAUGUUUUCGCCUGGGAUGUACUGAGUGGGGAGGUCGUGGCGACGGUGGCUGCGGGAGAAGGGGUUAAGGUGGUCAGUUGUGUGGCCUGGAAUGAGAAAGGAGGGUGCUGGGCGGGUGGUUGUUCUGAUGGAACGGUCAAGGUGUACGGUUGAAGAAACCUGCCACGCUGCGGGAGCUUAAUGGUCUAACACAAGGAUGUCGUGUCAUAUAUGAUGACCAAGGCAAAAAAUUAUUCGGAUUCAUCACUAUAUCUGCGGACAUGCCUGAAGGGCGUGUGCAUGGUGUGUGUGUGUAUGGUGUCACGUAUGACACAGUCGCACUCGACAAUGUCAGCGCUACGACAGCGAGACCGAUGCCAAUGACACGCUGGAAUAUAUGCUAUGCUGCCAGUCCGGAGAAUUCCUAUCGGAUUGACAAGUAUUAAGCAGAGCCGUUGGUGUUGUCGAGGGCAAGUGCGGGGACCAAGUGGAGAAGCAUCGUGUGUUGAAGACGGGAAUGUACGAGAUUAUGUCCAUCCGGAGGAUUAUCGAUUAAUAUCAAACUACUCCGUACCUAGGACUCAAUGAUAAUAUCCUAAGAAUAUCCAUGGGUCGAGUGAGCGGACAGAUUCCGAAG